ACAGUUCGCACUAUACGGUUACAGCCAGCCAUUUGUUUGUGUGCUUUUAUUUGUUGGUUAAAGUAUAAAAAAAAUAAAUAUCUCAAUAAUAUACAUUCAUGGAUAAGUGCUAAUAAGAACAUUUGUAAAGGAAGAGUUAUUAUAUCUAUUGUACACACAAUGGCUAAUGGACCAAUAGCAGAACGAAAUAGAGAUGCAACAAUAUAUGUUGGAGGUUUAGAUGACAAAGUUUCUGAAUCUUUGCUAUGGGAACUAUUUGUCCAGGCAGGUCCCCUUGUAAAUGUUCACAUGCCAAAAGACAGGGUGACUAUGAUGCAUCAAGGCUACGGAUUUGUCGAAUUUAUGGGAGAAGAAGAUGCUGAUUAUGCCAUAAAAAUAAUGAAUAUGAUAAAACUAUAUGGGAAACCUAUAAGGGUAAAUAAAGCAUCAGCUCAUCAAAAAAAUUUGGAUGUUGGAGCAAAUAUUUUUAUUGGUAAUUUGGAUCCUGAGGUAGAUGAAAAGUUACUCUAUGAUACAUUCUCCGCAUUUGGUGUCAUUUUACAGACGCCUAAGAUCAUGCGUGAUCCGGAAACGGGCAACUCAAAAGGCUUUGCUUUUGUUAAUUUUGCAAGUUUCGAGGCUUCAGACGCAUCCAUCGAAGCAAUGAACGGUCAAUAUUUGUGUAACCGACCUAUAUCUGUUUCUUAUGCAUUCAAAAAAGACUCAAAGGGAGAACGUCACGGAUCGGCCGCAGAACGACUGUUGGCAGCACAGAAUCCGCUCUCGCAGGCCGAUCGACCGCAUCAGCUAUUCGCAGAUGCACCGCCUAUGGGUAUGAUGCCUGGUAUGACCAUGGCUCCUCCACCGCCACCAGUUAUAUUAGGUGGCCUGAUGCCUCCUCCACCUCCCACGCCGAAUAACAUGGCUCCUCCGCCACCACCACCCGUACCUCCACCGUCCUCAUUCCCCUCGGGAAUUCCACCUCCUCCGUUGCCACCUUCGCAACCACCUUUACCACCGGGCGCACCUCCACCGCCUCCGAUAUCUACAUCUUCGCGUCCUCCAAUGCCUCCGAUGCCGCCAUCUACCGGGUCAAAAAUGAUGCCGCCUCCGCCACCAUCCUGGACAGGCGGUAUGCCUCCGCCUCCUGGAGGUGCUGGUUUUCCUGGCGGCAUGUUUCCACCGCCUCCGCCACCCGGAAGUAGAGCACCACCGCCGCCCAAUUGGAGACCACCUCCACCGCCGAGUUUCGCAGGUAACGCACGACCACCAUUUCCGCCUAGAGGACCACCGCCACCACCUCCCAGUAUAAGUCAGUAAAUAAGAUGAUUCUCCGGUUUUAUUUCGGUCUAGAAUUUCAUUACGAAACAUAUUUUAUUGUAUCGUUUAUUUAUGAUCUUACAGAUGUUUAUUAAUAUCUAUAGGGUCAUAUCUGUUCUAAUAUCAUAAUGUUUAUAAAUAUAUAGAUGCAGACUCA